AUGAUGAAAGGCUAUGCAACCACUAAGAGGGGUCCCAUGAACAACCCCCCAUUUGGCGACAUGAGGAAACUAAGUUUAAGUAACAACCCCCUGCACAUAUCUGACAACGCCUGGUCCACGGACAGAAUUACGCUGUCCUCGGAGGAGUACCUGUACUACGUGAAUCUCUUCAACUUGAAUGACAAAUUCGACAGCCACUUUAUCGACAAUAAGACGGCGUCCUCCUUCCUGCAAAAUUCAGGACUGUCCAUUUCGGUUCUUCACUCGAUAUGGGAGUACAGCGAUGUGGAGAAUAAGGGAUACCUGACUCUGGAGGACUUUUUUAUUUGUUGCCGCUUAGUUGCGCAUGCACAGAAUGGAAACGCUCUGAAUUCGGAGCUUAUAAGCAUACAGCCCCCGUGUUUGCCCAGUUUCGACAUCAUACGCCAUAAGUCCUUCUCCGACAUCUCCAACAUGGAGGGAAAUAUUGAGUGGAAGAUCAGUACUAGGGAGAAGGAAGACUACCGAAGAAUCUUUAAGACACUUGAUAUGAGCAACGAUGAGAAAGUCGAAGGGAAUGUCAUUAGAGAGUACUACCUCAAGACUUCCAAUUUAACCAUAUGUGAACUCAUGCAGAUAUGGAGUGUGUCCGACAUGGACAAUGAUGGGUUUUUAAAUUUUGAGCAAUUUUGUGUGAUGAACAAAAUUGUGGAAGUGAGGAAGGAGAAGGAGAUUAACAUCCCUCUGUCCAUUCCUGAGGACCUGCUGAACUCGAUAAAGGACGAUCAGCAGAUGGUCAUGGAUGACGACGUGACCUUCCGCAAGGUCGAGGACAACGACAAGCGACACAGCUUCAAGCUCUCCCUAGGGGCCUUGCUUAAGACAGAAAAUGAGAAGAAGAAGGAAAAAAAAGGGGGCCUGGAAAAAGGCACCUCCUCAAAAGGUGGUAGCCCAGAAAAUAACGAAAAGCUAGACAUGGAAUUUGACUUCUUUGAAUUCAAGCCAGAGGAGAAAUCUGAAAUGGACAGCUCCGAGAAGGAUAAGAGGAAGAAGAAAAAGAAAAAGGACAAGGAGCGAGACAGGGAUAUGUUUUCAGAGCACAGUGAGAAGAAGGCCCUUUUCAAUAAGGACUUCGAGAGCUAUAGCAGAUUGGACAAGGAGGAUGAAGAGGAGGAGGAGGACGACGACGACAUUGGAGAGGAGGAAGUAGAACGAAGAAAUUCCUUGGUUAAGAAAAAGGUCGGCAUGCAGGAGGUCGGCAGUUAUGACGACCUUAGCACAGAAUAUAAAUCGAGCGCGGAGUCCAGCAACAAGGGAAAGGAAAAAAGAAAAGAGGGAGACGAAAAUGAGGAAGAGGCGGAAGGAAGCGCAAAAAAAAGAAUUAAGAAAAAGAAAAAGGGAGAUCGAGAUAUGGACCGGGACAAAUUGGCCAAGAUGAAGGAGAAGCUUAAGGAUCGACACAGAAGAAGUUACGACAAGACGUACGGACAUAAGAAGUUUGAGUUGGAAAAAUUCUCCCCUGAUGAAGGAGCUUCUAGAGCAGGAGAUAUGGGAGGCCUCGAAAAAGGAAGACACAUGAUUGGGUCUGGAGGAGGGACCAGAGGAAGCCGCGAUAUGAACAAUGCGAAUGGGAGAGAAAAUGAAGAGGAAGAAAAAAGAAAAAAAAAUUCUCAAACUGAAAAGUACUUCACCAAACUUAUCGACUUCAAUUAUUCGGAUCUGAAAAAUUAUAACAUCGAAAGCAAAGACGUAUACAAAAUAGAAGAGAUAAAUCGCAAGCUAGAAGAAGAGAUUGAAAAAAAAAAAAAAAAUAUUGAAAAAAAAAAAAAACAAGUAAACUGUUUAGCAUAUGUGUAUGAAAAUGAAUUAAAAAAAUAUCAGUGCUUAAAAGAAGAAAGAAGAAAUUUGGAGUUCAUAAACCUCUGUUUGUACAAAGACAUUAAACAUAAAAAGGAAAAUAUUCGAAGCAUUAAAAAUGAAAUCAAGGAACUCAUUGAAGACAUUAACAAAAUUAAUAUUGAAAAUAUUAACAUUAAUAAAGAGUAUAUAAAAAAAGAAAAAGAAAUUAAAGUGACAGACAAUAAGAGAAAAAAUUUAAAUGCACUCAUCGAUAAAGAAAAAAGUGAUUUGAAAAAGGAUGAAAGAAAUUUAAUUAUUUUGAAGAACAUGAUUGACUAUUUAAGAAAGCAAAAAAAUCGAGCUCUCAAAUUACAAGAAAAUUUAAAAAACAGAUAUGACGUCACUAAUUCAGACCACCAAAUGCUAAUUAAAAAUAUUUUACACCAACAGAAUUACUUAAAUAAAAUUACUCAUAAGCGUUUGAAUACGCAAAAGGUGAAGAAUCAAAACCUGCUUUUUUUUAACUCUCUGUGUAAUCAGUCUGCGUUGCUGGACAUGCAAAACACCCACCCCGCCUUGCGCCAGUCCCCCGACGCCAAGGCCCUCGCCGUCCACAAGCGCUACUUCACCGACAGGAAGGGAAUCCCCAACGAGCAGAACGACGAGUUGAAGAGCUCCAAGCGAAACGCCGAACUUUUCGAGCAGAUUAAAAACGGAGACAGCGUUGACAUUUUCUCCAGCAUGGAUGAAUCCGAGUCCGACUCCGUGCAGUACGCCGAGGAAGAGGAGGAGGAGGAUGACGAGGAGGACGGCGACUACGAUGAGGAGGAAGAUGAGAAGCGACAGAAGGGGAAGAACAUGGAGGACCUGGCCAACCUGGUGUCCAAGGAUAACAGCUUAAAGAGCGUCGACGACAGCUCCUGA